AUCUAGAAGCAAAGCUUUCAUAUAAAUAGACCAUUGAUGGGUCGAAAAUUGCGCGGUAAUAGAGUAGCCAGUGGAAUUGAAGGCAGCAGUGGCUUGAUCAGUACUUGGAGCUGCCGUCUGUCUCAUUGUUUAGCUUGCCGGCCUCUUGCACAGAGCUCUCAUGGCUUCCACAGAUGUCAUAUUGUCUUCACCUGUGGCCAGCGAGGGCUUCAAGAGCAAGUUCUUGGCGAGCCCAGCAGUGGCAGAUGUCAGCAGCAGCAGCAAAAUGCAGCAGGUGAAGAUGGAGCUCACCAGCGGUGCUGCCGUGAAGAUUAUUGGCAAGAAGCAGCAGCUGAAACCGCGGUUCGCCGUCGAGUUGGAUGGGCUCAACUGCUUCGAGACCCUGGUCCCACGCUGAUCGACCGAGGAAUCCAUUCGUUCGAAUAAUCUUGAUCGAUUCUUGUGGUUUUCAUUGCCACUUUCUUCCCUUUAGGUCGUCGAUUUAUAUGUGUGCAGACAAGAGUUUUUCUUUAGGUCGUCGAACUAUAUAUGUGCCGGUAAUGAGUGUCGUGUGUUCCAUCUUGAUGCUUUGUUUGAGAUUAAAAAUUAUUAGAAAUAUCUUUGUUCCUAUAUAUAUCAUGAUACGAAUGAAUAGAUGCAGAGUGAUACAUACAUUCGUCCACUCAUGCCUCUUUCUA